UAUUAUAUUGUUCUUUGUACAGCUUCCUGACAACAGGCAAGCAUGCUAGUUCUCUUUAUACUUUCAAAAUCUAUGUCCUAUUUUUGUGGGCCUGAAGGGUGGGGGGGAGAUUUUUGGUGAAUGUUAUUGCUGAAAGGAAAUGGGUCUCUUUCUUCUUCCUUGAAAAAUCACUGUAAAGAUAGUGCCUCCAUUUCUGAAUCGUUAACGUUAUCAGUUUGUAACUGAACUGAAUGGAGACGCUAAGAACACAGACUCUUCUCUGUUUCAUGGCACUUGUCUGGCUUUCUUAUUCUUCUUCUGCAAAUGCUUUGCUCUCUCCUAAAGGAGUGAACUUUGAAGUUCAAGCUUUGAUGGGCAUAAAAGCUUCUUUGGUCGAUCCUCAUGGAGUUUUAGAUACUUGGGAUGGAGAUGCUGUCGAUCCUUGUAGCUGGACCAUGGUCACCUGUUCUUCUGACAGCCUUGUCGUUAGCCUGGGCACUCCCAGUCAAAGCUUAUCUGGUACUUUGUCUCCCACCAUAGGAAACCUCACAAACCUUCAGACUUUGUUGUUACAGAAUAAUAACAUUACAGGCACAAUUCCUUCAGAACUGGGGAAGCUUUCAAGGCUGCAAACUUUAGAUCUGUCAAAUAAUUUGUUCAGUGGGGAACUUCCUGCCUCUUUAGGCCACAUGAGAAAGCUGCAAUACUUGAGGCUCAAUAAUAAUAGUCUUUCUGGAGAAUGUCCAGAGUCACUGGCCAACAUGACACAACUUGCUUUUCUUGACUUGUCCUACAACAAUCUGAGUGAGCCUGUGCCCAGAAUUCUGGCCAAAUCAUUCAGCAUUGUUGGAAAUCCGCUCAUCUGUGGUACUGGGAAAGAAGAAACCUGCCAUGGGAUGACACUGAUGCCUAUGUCCAUGAACUUAAACAAUACCCAAGCUGCUCAACCUUCUGGCAGACAAAAAACACACAAAGUGGCGAUUGCCUUCGGUUUGAGCCUAGGAUGUCUGUGUCUCAUAGUUGUUUGUUUUGGACUAUUUCUCUUGUGGAGGCAUAAGCAUAAUCAACAAGCAUUCUUUGAUGUCAAAGAUCGUCAUCAUGAGGAAGUCUAUCUGGGAAACUUGAAGAGGUUCCAUUUCAGAGAGUUGCAGAUUGCUACCAACAAUUUCAGCAACAAGAACAUACUAGGAAAAGGCGGGUUUGGACACGUGUACAAGGGAAUUCUCCCAGAUGGAACAGUGGUAGCAGUGAAGAGGCUUAGAGAUGGGAAUGCCAUUGGAGGAGAAAUACAGUUUCAGACUGAAGUUGAGAUGAUCAGCUUGGCAGUGCACAGAAACCUCCUCAGACUCUAUGGUUUCUGUAUGACUCCAUCUGAAAGGCUUCUGGUUUACCCUUAUAUGCCUAAUGGCAGUGUUGCUUCUCGCCUCAAAGGAAAACCAGUGUUGGACUGGGCAACAAGGAAGCAGAUAGCAUUAGGAGCAGCAAGGGGACUGCUAUACCUUCAUGAGCAGUGUGAUCCAAAGAUAAUUCAUAGGGAUGUGAAAGCUGCAAACAUACUGCUUGAUGAGUACUAUGAGGCAGUGGUUGGAGAUUUUGGGUUGGCAAAGCUUUUGGAUCAUCAAGACUCUCAUGUGACUACUGCUGUGAGGGGGACUGUGGGCCACAUUGCCCCUGAAUACCUCUCCACAGGGCAGUCCUCUGAGAAGACAGAUGUCUUUGGAUUUGGUAUUCUUCUUCUUGAGUUGAUUACUGGACUCAGGGCUCUUGACUUUGGAAAAGCUGCCAAUCAGAAAGGAGCCAUGCUUGAUUGGGUGAAGAAAAUUCAUCAAGAGAAGAAACUUGAACUGCUGGUGGACAAGGAUCUGAAGAGCAACUAUGACAGAAUAGAGCUAGAAGAAAUGGUGAAAGUGGCACUUCUGAGUACUCAAUACCUUCCAGGACAGAGACCUAAAAUGUCAGAAGUAGUGAGAAUGCUUGAAGGAGAUGGACUUGCAGAAAGAUGGGAAGCUUCCCAAAGAGCUCAUGACACAACAGCCACAAGCAAAUCCAAACAUCCCCAUGAAUUCUCUUCAUCAGAUCGCUUCUCUGAUCUCACUGAUGACUCUUCUUUGUUAGUCCAAGACAUGGAACUUUCAGGUCCAAGGUGAUUUUGUAUACAGCUUAGAUUUUUCUUUUAUAUAUAUAUAUAUAUGGUUUUUUAAGUUUAGAAAUUUAAGUAUAUGAUUUUGAAGAGCCUAUAUAAUGAUGCUUGAAUCUAUAAUGCAAACCAAUCUUGAUGUUUCCUUUUAAAUGUACAGAAAUUUUUGUUGUGUAAAAAGUCAGAGGAAUAGGACCUUUCAGCACAACUUCAUGUGCUUACGUAGACACUUUGUUUAAACUUGUAUUGUCUGUCUUUUCUUUCAGCUUCAAUCAAAUUCAUUUUAAUUGAUUUA